UCUUCUCAGAAAUCGACACACCCAUGUCUGUCGUUUUGUCGCGCCCAGCUAUCUGUCAGUUAUGCAAAUGUCUCUAAUGGUGUAAGCCACCUCGUGGUCUAGCCAGGAUUUGACUAAGCUCUCAGACGCACUCUUUCACACGGGCAUACUUCGGGGAAGGAACUGUAAGUCAAGCCUAGGAACUACAAGCACUGUGUUUAAAACAAGGUACCUGUCUACUGAAUCAACAUGCCAGCAGUCAACUACAACAACAACAUCCGCACCUCGCAGCGCCCUGGAAUUUCUCUGAAGGAAUCUCAGGACUUCUACAAGACCUGGGCUGAAACUUACGACCAGGACACGACAGAUUCAAACUACAACGGUCCCCGUGCCACAGCCAAUCGUAUGCUGGCGCUGUUUGAAGGCAAGACUGAUGCACGGAUCCUGGACGUGGCCGCGGGGACAGGCAUGUCAGGAGAAGCGCUUCAGAAGGUGGGGUUCCGGUCCAUGGACGCCCUGGAGCCCAGUGAAGACAUGCUCGUCCUGGCGAAAGAGAAAAACAUCUACGGUCGUCUGAUCCAAGACUUCCUGGGUACAAAUCGUCUGGACAUUGUGGACGGAGAAUAUGAUGCCACAGUGAUGGUUGGUGGGAUGGUCGAGGGCCAUGUGGGGUGCGACUGUCUGGAAGAACUCAUCAGGGUGACGAAACCAGGAGGAUUUGUGGUGAUCACCAUGAGGGAAGUCAACCUGCGCAAGGUGCCCGAGUACACUAAACUGGAGCCCCGCAUGGCGGCGCUGCAGAAUGAAGGAUGCUGGGAACGGGUGUCACGUGACGUCUUCCCCAACUACUGCGAGGGAGAAGAUGGCGUCAUCUUUGUGUACCGUGUGUCAACGCUCAACGUUAGAGCGGGCCGGCUACGCUUAACGGUGUAUAAUAAGAUAGCUCGCCAGACUGCACAAGAAAAGGCUGCACCACACAGAAAAAGGCAAAUAUCAAAGACAAAGGUAACUAUCUGCAUAAUCAGCAUGCCUGUCGUCAAUUACCAUGGCAACAUCCGUGACGUGCAGCGUCCUGGGAUUUCUCUCACAGAAUCACAGGACUUCUACAAGACCUGGGCCGCUAAUUAUGACAAGGACACGACAGAUUCAAACUACAACGGUCCCCGUGCCACAGCCAAACGUAUGCUGGCGCUGUUUGAAGGCAAGACUGAUGCACGGAUCCUGGACGUGGCCGCAGGGACAGGCAUGUCGGGAGAAGCGCUUCAGAAGGUCGGGUUCCGGUCCAUGGACGCCCUGGAGCCCAGUGAAGACAUGCUCGUCCUGGCGAAAGAGAAAAACAUCUACGGUCGUCUGAUCCAAGACUUCCUGGGUACCAAUCGUCUGGACAUUGCGGACGGAGAAUAUGACGCUACAGUGAUGGUUGGUGGGAUGGUCGAGGGCCAUGUGGGGUGCGACUGUCUGGAAGAGCUCAUCAGGGUGACGAAACCAGGAGGAUUUGUGGUAAUCUGUAUGCGGGAGGUGAACUUGCGAAAAGUGCAGGAGUACCAUAAACUUGAACCCCGCAUGGCGGCGCUGCAGAAUGAAGGAUGCUGGGAGCAGGUGUCACGUGACGUCUUCCCCAACUACUGCGAGGGGGAAGAUGGCGUCAUCUUCGUGCACCGUGUGUGUUAAUCAGUGAAAAAGAUGGAAAUAUUUGAUAAGUAUUGCCAAUAGUAGAUUUGAUAAACAGGGACAGUGAUAUUGUGAAUACUCAAAUUAGUUAUCCAAAGUUAAGUUACGUUAAGUUAAGUUAAGUUAUAAAACUGGGACCAUGUAAAGUGAAUAACUCUACAUGUACAUACAAUAUGUACCCUCCACAGAUAACUACUUUUCAUGUCUUCGAUUUGAUAUACAUGUAACGUUACUAGUAUUAUCGUGGCUUGAAUACCUCAAUGUGUGUAGGACAUAUCUUGUAUGUACUGUAAGAAAGUGAUGAAAGGGAGACAUGUAUUUGUGUAUGUACCAAAAGCAUUCCAUC